AUGAGGUACGAUGGAACGCAAGACCCACAGGAGCAUCUGACGGCCUUCGGGGCCAGAAUGAAUUUGGAAGGGGUAGGCGAAGAAGUCAGGUGUCGCGCUUUCCCGGUCACCCUAGCAGGACCUGCAAUACGGUGGUUUAACAGCCUCCCGCAAGGCUCCGUCGCCAAGUUCUCGGACAUUAGCCGCGCUUUCUUGGCCCAAUUCACAACCCGAAUCAUGAAGGCGAAACACCCGAUCAACUUACUCGGGGUGACACAAAGGCCCGGCGAGCCAACCAGAAAAUAUCUGGACCGGUUCAACGACGAGUGUUUGGAGAUUGACGGCCUAACCGACUCGGUGGCCAGUUUGUGCUUAACGAACGGACUUUUGAACGAAGAUUUCAGGAAGCAUCUCACCACGAAGCCGGUAUGGACGAUGAAAGAGAUCCAAGGCGUGGCCAAGGAAUAUAUCAAUGAUGAAGAACAGAUAGCCGAGAAGGUGAUCUCGUCCAAGCCCCGACCUCUAAAGGACAGAACGGGAGGAAAUAAAAGCCUCUAUUGUGAUUAUCACAAGGGUUAUGGACACAAGACGCAGGAUUGCUUUGACUUAAAGGAUGCGCUGGAGCAGGUGAUCCGAGAUGGAAAGCUAGCCGAAUUCUCCCACCUUAUCAGGGAGCCGAGGAGACGUGACCGGAACCGAGAUGGAGAGGACAAAAGUCGCACGGUGAAACGACGUCAAGAGCCCGAGGACAAUGAGCGCGGCCUCACCAUAGUAAAUGUGGUAAUUGGAAGAGACGUGGCUCUGAGGUCGAAGUCAACACACAAAAAGGAUGCCAAAGUCCUAACGGUCUCGUCAUCUAGCCCCACGCCAAAUUCUAAGAGGAUCCCACCCAUAUCAUUCGGUCCGGACGACCAAUGGUUUGACGAGAUCACGGAAAACCCUUCAAUGGUCAUCACGGCCAUAGUGGGAACCGGCUUGGUCAAAAGGAUCCUCGUGGACACUGGCGCUGACUCGAAUAUUAUGUUCCGCAACGUGUUCGAUGCUUUAGGCCUCUAA